GGCUUCGGUCUGACUCUGACUUUAUAUCUCUGGUUCCAGAUAAAACUACUAACUCAUCAUGCCGAUAAACUAACAUCGUUACGUUUAAACCAUUAGUUAGUUUUCGUUAACUAGCAGCGACGCGGUGGUUAGUUAGCUGACUGCUAGCUGUAGAAGCCCCUGUCAUUAACAGGUAUGUGGGCGUCCUGCUGUAACUGGUUGUGUAUGGACUCAGCUGAUGUUGAACACACUGGUGAAGGUGAGCGUCGGAAUCAGUCCUACAGUAACUCAGCGUUCACCAGUCAGCCAUCUUCUCCUCUACCUGAGCACACCUGUAAGGCCUGUGGGGGGCGUUUUGACACACCUGCCAAGAAGCAUGUGUGUAUGGACUGUAAGAAGAACUACUGCAGUCGUUGCUCUGCCCAAAUGGAGCCCCGCCCCCGCCUCUGUCACACUUGUCAGCGUUUCUACGGGAACCUGCUGGAGCGGGCUGAGCUUAUGAAGCUCAAAGUGAAGGAGCUCAGAGACUACCUGCACCUGCAUGAGGUCUCCACCCACCUGUGCAGAGAGAAGGAGGAGCUGGUGGAACUGGUCCUGGGGCAGCAGUCUUCACCAUCCAGUGGCUCAGCCCCCGAGACUCCUGACCCCCCCUCUGUGAGCUCGGACCCCCCCAUCUCCACCUUGACCCCUGAUCCCCCCACACCCACCCCGAUCCUGACCCCUGACCCUCCUGCUGCACAGCCUGAAGCCCCGAACCCUCCCACAGAGACCGCCCCUGCUGAGCCCGAGGUUCAGGAAGAAGACCAGACCUGGGACCCCGAGGAGCCUCAGGUCUUAGGUCGCAGAGCCUCUCUGUCGGACCUGAGCAGUCUGGACGACAUCGAGGCGCUGAGUGUCCGACAGCUGAAGGAAAUCCUCUCCAGGAACUUUGUGGACUACAAAGGAUGCUGUGAGAAGUGGGAGCUGAUGGAGAGAGUGAGCCGGCUGUACCAGGAUCAGCAGAACUUACUGGCUGCCAACACCGUGAGCGCUGAAGAGUCUGGCUGCAGCGCUGCAGGUCUGGAGGAGAACCUCUGUAAGAUCUGCAUGGACUCUCCCAUCGACUGCGUCCUGCUGGAGUGUGGUCACAUGAUCACCUGCACCAAGUGCGGCAAGAGGAUGAGCGAGUGUCCCAUAUGCCGCCAGUACGUCGUCAGAGCCGUGCACGUCUUCAGGUCCUGAACCAACCCUGACCUGGACCCAGGACCAACUGUCUUCAGAGCAAUAAACUGCAAACACAUCUUCCUGAAGGGACCCUCUACAGAAACAGAAUGCUUUUAUUUUGGUAGCUUUAUUUUUCUAGUGUAAAUAAGACGCCACGUUGGACUGUGCUGAAGAAUAAGAAGUGACCUUAUGUGAUCUUCAAAGCUGAACACUCAGACUGACUCUGCAGCUCCACAGGAGGUGGAUCACAUCUGAUCUAUAAACCAACAAUUGUCUGUGCCUUCGUCAGCUCAUCUCUGCCCCCCACCCACUCUGCCCUGACAACCGUCAGUCCUCCUCAGUGUGAAGAAGGUCUUAACCAACACCAUGAUCCAGCAGUGACACCUGAAGGUGGAAAUCUACCAAAGAGAAAUGUGGCUUUAUCUGGACAGGUGAGGAGGGUCCAUCCAAACCUGCACAGUGUCAGCGAGUGAUCACAUGACCUCUAAAUGAACACAUGCACAUACAGUGUUCUUAUCGCAGCCUUCGGUUUGUUUACAGUCUGCAGUGAGUUUACUCUGUAAAACAUAACUAAGUGAAGUAAAACAGCAAAAGGUGUGCAGGGUACUGGGCACUCAAAUAUAGAACUAUAUAAAAUCAACAGCUCGUAGCGGUGAUACACAGACAGGAAAGACUAAGAAUAAAUAUAAACAUGGCUGGACUCAGCUGCAGACUGUUCACAAGAGGUUUUCCACGCUUUCAUGAAGCCUCAGGACCUGAUUUAUCUGCAUCCUUAGGACAGUUCAUAACAGUACUGUUGGUCCUGUUUGGUAUCAGGACUGACAGAGACCUGAGACCGCUUCCUCCCUCAGACCAAAGCCGAAAGUUCUUCUACUUUGAGACAUCAGCCUUAUCUUUCUGUGCUAACUCACUCAUGGACUUCUGUGUAGUAAAAUCCAAACUAAGCAGUGUCACUCCAGCAGCCAAUCAGAGCAGAACAACAACAUGUUGAUUAAACUGCCGUCAGAUCAGAUUAUCAGCAGGAUCAUGACCUGACACUGGGCCCGCCCCCUGCCUCAGGUGACUGGUCAAUGACACCUUUACCCUCUGACGUGCAGGUGAGCAUCCUGCAGCAGACAAGUGAACAUGUUCACAGUUAACGGGAUUAG